AUGGCAUGCCACAGAGCACUCCCUAACCUGGAAAGCCUCAAACAAUCUCUGGUCCGAGCAGUUGAGCGCUUUCCUCAAGAAGUGCUGCAUCGUGCUGAUGGAGAACGAGACGGAGUCCAACUUCGCCAACCUGUCCUUCCCGGAGCUGAGCGAGGUGAGCUCCUACGUGAUCUUCUACCGCGUGCACGGCCUCACUUCCAUCGGACGGCUCUUCCCCAACCUGGCCAUCAUCGGCGGGGACGUCCUCUCUCUGGAUUACGCCCUCAUCAUCACCCAGAUGCCGCACCUGAAGGAGAUCGACCUGUCUGA